AUGAUUGGCUUUCUUGUACGCGUUGCCGCCAGCACCGUGAGGAAGCUGAAGCCUCCUUUGCAUCGCAUGCAGACUAGAGCAGCAGGGGCAGGCUAUGCGCCCGAGGUCAGCAAGCCGGAAGUUGCAGAUUUGCUGCUGAAGCCUGACGCUGAGUUGGCAGAUCAAGUCUGCCAGAAUCAGCAUGCAAUGCAUUUUCUUCAAACGCUGAAGAUCAUCGGCACAGUGAAUCAUCGCUUGAACGCUAUUCGCUUCAUCAUGGGUGAUCAACUGAAAUCGUUGAACUUGGAAGCUGCCAUCGAGUCUGCAGAGGCAGCUGCUGAGCAGGCAGAAGACAAGGGCCUCUUGCAAGUUAAUGCGGUGUCAGAGCUGAGGAUAAUGUGUGAGCAGCUGAUGUCGCUUCGGCAUCAGAUCGAACGUGAGAUCAAGCAAGGGAAACAGUCCCGCAAGGAUUAUGCAAAGCAAGUGGAAGAAAUCGUGUGGCCAAUUCUGAAGAUGCUGGAAGCUGUCAGUGUGCCCGGGAAAAAUCAGAUCAAUCUGGCAUACAAGCAGGCUGAAGCUCUGUUCAAAGAAGUGGUCACUAAGUGCUUCUCGGACUUGAAAGAGAAGGCCUACAACGACAGACUCCUCAAGGCAGAGGGGCUUCUGCUUGAUGCCACACGCACAAGUGAAGAAAAAGAGCAACACUUGGAAGCGCUGCGUAAAAAGCUGCACAAAGCCGAAGCAGAUGGAAGUGCCAUGGAGGAUAAAGAAAAGCGUCUCCUCAGUGCAGAGGAAGAGCCGGGCAUCCAGAUCAGUGUUGCCAAGCAAGAGCUUCAGGCGAUUGAAGAGCGCUUGCGCAGGUAUACAUGGAACAAAUGGGGCCCAUAUGUGGAGGCGUGGAAAAGAGAUGUGGAGCUGGCCGAGAGGGAACGGUCUGAGAAGUUGCAAGAGAUUGCCAAUCUAGAAGAGAAGCGGCAAGGCCGAAAAAGUCAAAGCGAUGAUUUCGCUGGGAUCGGCGGUGUGAAGGCACAGACAAUUGCAAGCUUGAAGGUCAUACGAGAUGAGUUGCAGACGGCCGAGAAGUCUGCUCAGAAUGCACGAGAGAAAGUCAAGAGCGCAGAAGCGGCGCUUAGCCAAGUUUGGUCCGAAAUUGAAGAGGAGCUCAAGAAGGCUGGCGUCAUGGAUGCCAAGCAAGCCAUGAUGGUGAAGUUCAUGGCUGCAACGUUGCAAGCGGACUUGAAAGUUGCAAGAGUCAUGGAGCGUCUGAGGUCACCGGUGUUCUUAGGCCUUGUGAAACAGAUGGGCUUCCUCAUGCAGGACGUGAGCGCAGCCAAAACGCCGAAGGAGCAGGCAGACGCAAUUUGCAACCUCCUCAACGAAAUCCAAAGCGGUGAUGAAGUCAACGCACAGAUGCCUGCCUGGGUGGUUCCAUUGAGGCUCACCGAGUGCAUCUGCUUCCACAAGCUGACCAGGCUGGUCACCUCCGCUUUGGCAACAAGUGCAACAGAUGUGGCUCCAUUGCUCCAAGACUUGGAACAGCGUGCCCAGAAACAGCUUGAGGAAUGA